CGUAUUAGGGUUUACGACUCACGCUAACUAAAAUCAGUCUCGUAUUUGGACUUGCUCUGCAUCCGAUUCCUUGCGUCCACCUCCUGCGAACCCCACCAGGAUCGACUGCCUUCUUCCGGCGACUUCUCUACCUUCGACUAGGUUCUUCUCCGGCGACUUCAGUAUGAGAGAAGUUGACAGGCAAUUCCUUGCUGCUCCUGUAAAGUCUGCUGUUGAUAAGUUUCAGCUACUUCCCGAGUUUCUCAAGGUGAGGGGAUUAGUGAAGGAACAUUUGGACUCCUUUAAUUAUUUUGUCAAUACUGAAAUAAAGAAGAUUGUUCGUGCUAAUGACCUUGUGAAAAGUAGAUUGGAUGAUAAGGUCUAUCUCAGAUAUAGAGAUGUUUGGAUUGGAACACCUUCUGUGGUUGUUGAUGGUGUUACCGAUGAAAUGAGUCCUCAAAAGUGUCGGCUAGGUGACAUGACGUAUUCGGCUCCAAUAUAUGUGAACAUUGAGUAUUGCAAUGGCAAUCAUGGUCAAAAUACCCAUCCACUGUUUAAAAGAGAAGUUAUUAUAGGUAGAAUGCCUAUCAUGUUAAAGAGUAGUAAAUGUGUCCUUUAUGGGAAAGAUGAAGAUGAACUUGCAAAAGUAGGUGAAUGCCCACUUGACCCGGGCGGAUAUUUUGUUGUGAAAGGAAAUGAAAAGGUUAUUUUAAUUCAAGAACAACUUUCAAAGAACAGGAUAAUCAUAGACACAGAUAAGAAGGGUUGCAUCCAGGCAUCUAUUAUGAGCAGCACAGCAAUGACAAAGAGUAAAACAGUUAUAGUAAUGGAGAAAGAGAAAAUAUAUUUGAGUUUGAAUUCUUUUACUUCCAAGGUUCCCAUCAUGGUGGUUAUGAAAGCUAUGGGUAUGGAAAGUGAUCAGGAAGUUGUGCAAAUGCUUGGUAGAGAUCCUCAAUAUGCUGCUCUGCUUUUGCCAUCUAUUGAGGAUUGUGCAAAUCAUGGUAUUUAUACACAAGAACAAGCUUUGGAAUUUCUUGAAAAAAAGCAUAAGAAGAACAAGUUUGGUAAGGAUGAGGGAGCUUUGGGUGUUCUUCGGAAUAUCUUUAUUGCCAUAGUUCGGGUGCGAGAUAAUAAUUUUCAUCCAAAAUGCGUAUAUGUUGUGGUGAUGUUGAGACGCAUGAUGGAUGCACUUUUAAACAAGGAUUCCAUGGAUGACAAAGAUUAUAUAGGCAAUAAGCGACUUGAGCUUUCGGGGCAAUUAAUAUCAAUAUUAUUUGAGGACCUGUUCAAGACACUGAAUACCAAUUUAGCUAAGCUUGUAGAUUCAAUCCUAAACAAGAGCAGUCGUUCUAGCAGGUUUGAUAUAUCUCAGCAUCUAAUGAAAGAUGAUAUUACUAAUGGCUUGGAGCGCAGCCUCUCUACUGGAAAUUGGAACGUUCAGCGAUUUAAGAUGGACAGAAAAGGCAUAACACAGAUUGUUUCAAGGCUGUCCUUCAUUGCAGCAUAUGGAUACAUGACAAAAAUUUCACCACAGUUUGAAAAGUCAAGGAAAGUCAGUGGACCUAGGGCCUUACAACCUAGCCAGUGGGGAAUGCUUUGCCCAUGUGACACUCCUGAAGGUGAACAAUGUGGAUUGGUGAAAAAUUUGGCUUUGAUGACCCAUGUUACAACUGAUGAAGAGGAAGGCCCUAUUAUUACCUUGUGUUCCUGCUUGGGAGUUGAAGACUUGUCUCAACUUUCUGGAGAAGAACUUCAUUCACCAAGUUCAUAUCUCAUCAUAUUAAAUGGUCUUAUCCUUGGAAAGCAUAGGAAGCCACAGUUCUUUGCUAAUGCAAUGAGGAAACUGAGAAGGGCGGGUAAAAUAGCUGAUUUUGUAAGCGUUUAUGUCAAUGAGAAACAACGUUGUGUUUAUAUCGCUUCAGAUGGUGGGCGUGUUUGUCGGCCACUUGUUAUUGCUGACAAAGGUGUUUCAAGAAUUAAGCAUCAUCACAUGAAAGAGUUGAAGGAUGGAGUUCGCAAUUUCGAUAGCUUUCUACAGGAAGGAUUGAUAGAGUAUCUUGAUGUCAAUGAAGAGAACAAUGCUUUGAUUGCUUUAUAUGAAGGAGAAGCUACGAGUGAGACAACACAUAUUGAAAUAGAACCUUUCACAAUCUUAGGUGUUUGUGCUGGGCUCAUUCCUUUUCCUCAUCAUAACCAGUCCCCAAGAAAUACCUAUCAGUGUGCCAUGGGAAAGCAAGCAAUGGGUAAUAUUGCAUAUAACCAGCUAUGUCGGAUGGAUACUUUGAUCUACCUAUUGGCUUAUCCUCAACGACCACUAUUGACAACUCGAACAAUUGAGCUGGUUGGGUAUGAUAAGCUUGGAGCUGGACAAAAUGCAACUGUUGCAGUUAUGAGUUAUAGUGGUUAUGACAUUGAAGAUGCCAUUGUUAUGAAUAAAUCAUCCUUGGAUCGUGGUUUUGGUCGUUGUAUUGUAAUGAAAAGGUACUUAUAACAUGAUCCAUAUUAUCUAUUAUCUAUUAUCUGUUUGACUGUUGUCUGUUGUUAAAUUUGCUUUCUCUUAUGCAUUUGCCUAAACAGGCACACAGCUGCCUUUCAGAAAUAUCAGAAUUCAUGUGAUAAGUUUUCUCCACCCAGUCGGGCCCCACAUGAUCGAGAAAAGAAUCAGAUUUUGGAUAAUGAUGGGCUUGCUUCUCCUGGUGAAAUAAUAAGACAUCAAGACAUUUUUUUCACGAAAUUAUGCCCUGAAAAUGCAAAUGUUUCAAUCAGUUCACAUCCUUCAAAUACUAAAUAUAGACCAAAUAGACAAACCUACAAAGGUGCAGAAGGGGAAGCUGCUGUUGUGGAUAGAGUGGCUUUAUGCUCUGAUAAGCGUAACAAUUUAUGUGUUAAGUUCAUGAUUCGCCAUACUCGUAGGCCCGAGGUUGGUGACAAAUUUAGUAGUAGGCAUGGGCAGAAAGGUGUUUGUGGGACCAUUAUCCAACAAGAAGAUUUUCCUUUCUCUGAACGAGGCAUAUGCCCAGAUUUGAUUAUGAACCCUCAUGGCUUUCCAAGUCGAAUGACUGUUGGAAAGAUGAUUGAGCUUCUUGGAAGUAAGGCUGGAGUUUCUUGUGGAAAGUUUCAUUAUGGAAGUGCAUUUGGUGAACCAAGUGGUCAUGCACACAAAGUUGAAGAUAUAAGUGAAACCCUUGUGAAGCAUGGAUUUUGUUACAAUGGGAAGGACUUUCUGUAUUCAGGAAUCACUGGUAUGCCACUACAAGCAUAUAUUUUCAUGGGACCAAUAUACUACCAGAAGCUAAAGCACAUGGUCAUGGAUAAGAUGCAUGCUCGAGGCAUGGGCCCACGUCAACUCAUAACUAGACAGCCCACAGAAGGGAGAAGCAAAAAUGGAGGUCUGCGAGUGGGAGAAAUGGAAAGAGAUUGUUUGAUUGCUUAUGGAGCUAGUAAUCUGAUAUAUGAACGUUUAAUGAUUUCUAGUGAUCCCUUUGAGGUUCAGGUUUGUAGAAAGUGUGGAUUACUAGGGUACGAAAAUCAUAAGACAAAAGCUAAAGUUUGUUCCACAUGCAAAAAUGGAGAUAAUAUCUCAUCCAUGAAAUUACCAUAUGCUUGCAAGCUUUUAUUCCAGGAAAUCCAGUCGAUGAAUAUAGUUCCAAAAUUGACAUUGAGCGAUUCAUGAUGAUAUAUCAAUAAUUAAGUCAUAUGAUUAAUUGAAAGUAAAACUGUUUUAUUUUUUUAUGUUUUAUAGUUUACCAUAGCUUAAGGUUUACAUUAGUGCUAUUCAAAGAAAGGGUAUUAGGGGAUAUUUGACAAGUGUAUAAUGGCUUUUACGAAAUUUCAUUUGUUUUUUUUUUCUUGGUGGCCAAUGGAUGUUUUCAGUUAA